AUGGGGUUUGCGGGGAACGUGGAGCCCUGCUUCAUCACCCCCAUUGUCGUCGCCGUCAAUGAUUCCUUCUCCUCCUCCGCCCAGCCGGUGGCGAGGGGCGCCCCCGGCAGGGGGAACUGGCUCGCCCAGCACAGCGCCGGAUCCCACGCCAGCAGCACGCACAGCUUGAGCUAUCCCAUCCGCAACGGCCAGGUAUUACUCUACUCCAAUUAG